UUUACAGCCAUGACCCCCACUACUGUCUCUCAUCUCUCACUUUUUCUCUCUACAAUCUACAAACCCCCAUUCCCUCAUUUCUCACUUCAUUACCAUAUCUUGCUGUUUCUCUCCAUCAAAGUCUUCAACUUUCACUGUGAACUCUUCUUCUCUUCAUUGCUUCACUCCAAUAUACUCUUUUAUUCACCAAAGUUUGCAACCAUAAGGAAAUGUUCUUGAGAAAAAAACCACCAAUAAAACCAAGCAAUUAACAACUACUGAACAAAAAUGGGUGGAGUAAGAAGAUUACUAGUUGUUGAAGUGAUCGAUGCAAGAAGUUUAUUACCAAAAGAUGGACAUGGAACAUCAAGUCCAUACGUAGUUGUUGAUUUCUAUGGGCAAAGGAAACGUACUCGGAGCAUAACCAGAGAUCUCAAUCCGGUUUGGAAUGAAGUGUUAGAGUUUAAUGUUGGUGCUCCAUCAAAUGUAUUUGGCAACAUGCUUGAACUUGAUAUUUAUCAUGACAGAAGUAUAGGUCCGACCCGGAGAAACAAUUUCUUGGGCCGGAUUCGGUUGAAUUCUAUUCAGUUUGUUAAGAAAGGUGAAGAAGCUUUAAUGUAUUUCCCCUUGGAGAAGAAAUAUUUGUUUAGUUGGAUUCAAGGUGAAAUUGGCUUGAGAAUUUAUUAUCAUGAUCAGCCAAUUGUGCCACCACCACCGCCAACACCACCUCUACCUCCAGUAGAAGAAAUACCUGAACCGCCAAAGGUCGAAGAGGCUGCAAAACCCGACGCACCACCUCCAGCAGAAGCUGCACCACCACCUGCCGAACCUGUUGCUGCUGAUCCUCCACCACCAGAAUCUGAGCCAGCACCGCCAGUUGAACCAGCAGCUACAGAACCUGAAGCUCCACCAGCUGCUGAAGAACCAGCUCCAACUGAAGAACCACCGGCUCCACCACCGGAAAAUAAUGGCGAAGCCGAAAAACUGUCUGAACCUAACAAGGAAGAACCUGAGGGGCCAGCAGCACCAGAAGUAGGAUCAAGAUAUGGCGAUAAUGAUGAAAUACACAAGUGGGUUCCCCAUCCAGAAGUAAUGGCAUCAGCUAACUCAAGACUGGAGGCGGACGUAAAAAUUGCUGGGUUUAACGGAGUUCGCCCGAUAUCAAGACAAUCUACAACUGAUAGUUUUUAUUCAGUAGUAGACCCAACCGAGAGAAUUCCAAAUGAGAAGUGUUCAUUCGAUUUAGUUGAGAAGAUGCAUUACUUGUUUGUCCGAGUGGUCAAAGCUAGAUCACUUCCUACAAACGGUCAACCGGUGGUCAAGAUAUCAGUCUCCGGUAGUCACGUCAGAUCCAAAACAGCUCGUAAAACAAACUUCUUCGAGUGGGAUCAGACUUUUGCUUUCGGCCGUGAAAGUACAUCAGAUUUAGCAACAACCAUGGAGAUCUCAGUAUGGGACCCGCCAAAAUCAUCACCUGAAGAUCACUCGGACGUUCAUUUCUUAGGAGGUAUUUGUUUUGAUGUGAGUGAGAUACCAUUAAGAGAUCCACCAGAUAGUCCUUUGGCUCCACAAUGGUACAGAUUAGAAGGUGGUGGUGCGCACAAUGGUGAUCUCAUGCUUGCAACUUGGGUUGGAACACAAGCUGAUGAAUCAUUCUCUGAUGCAUGGAAAACUGAUACGGCAGGUAACGUCAGUUCUCGAUCAAAAGUCUAUCUUUCGCCUAAAUUAUGGUAUUUAAGAUCAACAAUUAUUGAAGCACAAGAUAUAUUACCGGCGGUAGCUGCAUUGAGAGAAACAAAUUUUCAGAUAAAAGCUCAGUUAGGAUUUCAAGUGCAGAAAACGAAAGUCAACGUUAGUCGUAAUGGGUCUCCGUUAUGGAACGAAGACUUGAUUUUUGUUGCAGCUGAACCUUUUAGUGACCAUUUAAUCUUUUCACUAGAAAACCGCCAAGCCAAAGGAAUUGUAGUUUUAGGAGUAGCAAGAAUACCACUGGCGACCAUCGAACGGCGAGUCGAUGACCGGAAAGUGGUUUCGCGGUGGUUCACUUUAGAAGAUCCCAACAAUGAGAAGAAAGUAUACAAGGGCAGGGUUCAUUUAAGGCUGUGUUUCGAUGGUGGAUAUCAUGUGAUGGAUGAAUCAGCUCACGCCUGCAGUGAUUUUCGCCCCACUGCAAGACAGCUUUGGAAACCUCCUGUUGGUGUUGUUGAGUUGGGAAUUGUUGGGUGUAAAAAUCUUCUGCCGAUGAAAACUAUCAGUGGCAAAGGAACGACGGAUGCGUAUUCAGUGGCCAAAUAUGGUUCGAAAUGGGUGCGCACACGGACUGUAUCGGAUAGCUUGGAUCCGAGAUGGAAUGAGCAAUAUACAUGGAGAGUAUACGAUCCAUGUACGGUUCUGACAAUCGGCGUAUUUGAUAGUUGGGGUGCAUAUACGGUUGAAGGUUCAAAAGAAGCAGUGCGUCCCGAUUUUCGCAUCGGUAAGGUACGAAUACGCAUCUCUACGUUACAGACUGGUAAGGUGUAUAGAAAUACGUAUCCGCUGAUUUUACUGUCACCAACUGGAGUGAAAAAAAUGGGAGAGAUUGAAAUUGCCGUAAGGUUUAUUCGUUCAGUUCCAACUCUUGAUUUACUUCACGUAUAUACACACACUUUAUUACCUGCAAUGCACCAUGUGAAGCCUCUAGGGGUACAUCAACAAGAUAUGCUAAGAACUACUGCAGCAAAAAUCGUUGCCGCGCAUUUAUCAAGAUCGGAGCCGCCGUUGUUGCGCGAAGUUGUACUUUACUUGCUUGAUGCUGAUUUACAUGGCUUCAGUAUGAGAAAAGUACGUGCGAACUGGUUCAGGAUCAUCAAUGUGAUAAGCGGUGUAGUUGACGUUGUUCGUUGGAUUGAUGACACACGUUCGUGGAAAAAUCCGACAGCGACGUUGUUGGUACAUGCUUUACUUGUAAUGCUAGUUUGGUUUCCUGAUUUGAUCAUUCCAACAUUAGCAUUCUAUGUGUUUGUAAUCGGAGCAUGGAAUUAUCGGUUUCGAGCUCGAGACCCACUUCCACAUUUCGAUCCGAAGAUAUCGCAGGUAGAAAUCGUUGAUCGCGAAGAACUGGACGAGGAAUUUGAUACAGUGCCAAGCAGCAAAUCGCCUGAUAAUGUUCGAGGAAGGUAUGAUAAGUUGCGUUCACUUGGAGCUAGGGUUCAGACGGUAUUAGGUGAUAUAGCUACACAAGGUGAACGCUUACAAGCGUUGGUGACAUGGAGGGAUCCUCGAGCGACCGGAAUGUUUACAUGGCUUUGCUUCAUUGUUGCAGUUGUUUUGUAUUUGGUUCCUACUAAAAUGGUUGCCAUGGCAAUGGGGUUUUAUUACAUGAGACAUCCGAUGUUUCGCGAUAGAAUGCCUUCACCAGCUUUGAAUUUCUUCCGUAGACUUCCUUCAUUAAUUGAUCGAAUGAUGUAAUAUUGAUUCGUGUAAACAUUUUGUAUAAGGUUAUCAGCAAAUAAACUAGUCAUUUUUGGGUGUAAAAAUGUGGCGAUCGCUUCAGGAAAGAACAUUCGGUUUAAUGAACAUGUGGUUUCUAUUUAUUUCA